CGAGCGGACCCCGCCGCGCUUUCGGGCGCCCCACCGCCGGCCGAACCGUGCCCGCCUAACCCCGGGCGGGCUGCCGCGCCCUCACGUCCCGACUGCGGGCUGCCGGCGCGCGGCCGCGGGCCCGCCGGUGCGUGGCGAAAGUGCCGACCCCGCGCGGAGUGGCGCGGCGGCGCGGGCUGCACCGGCCGGGCCAAGAUGGCGUGCCUGCUGGAGACCCCGCUCCGCAUGAGCGUCCUCUCGGAAGUAACAGCUAGCAGUCGCCACUAUGUUGACAGGCUAUUUGAUCCUGAUCCCCAGAAAGUUCUGCAAGGUGUCAUAGACAUGAAGAAUGCUGUCAUUGGAAACAACAAGCAGAAAGCCAACCUCAUUGUUUUGGGGGCUGUUCCAAGGUUGUUGUACUUGCUUCAGCAAGAAACUUCAAGCACAGAGCUGAAAACUGAAUGUGCAGUGGUACUAGGAAGUCUUGCUAUGGGCACUGAGAACAAUGUCAAGUCUCUGCUGGACUGCCAUAUCAUCCCCGCCUUACUGCAAGGUUUGCUGUCCCCAGACCUGAAGUUUAUUGAAGCUUGUCUCCGAUGCCUGCGCACCAUCUUCACCAGCCCUGUCACUCCAGAAGAAUUACUGUACACAGAUGCAACGGUGAUCCCCCAUCUCAUGGCACUGCUAAGCAGGUCCCGCUACACACAAGAAUACAUCUGUCAGAUCUUCUCACACUGCUGCAAAGGUCCAGAUCAUCAAACAAUAUUAUUUAACCAUGGUGCAGUUCAGAAUAUUGCCCACCUACUAACCUCAGUAUCUUACAAAGUUCGGAUGCAAGCACUGAAAUGCUUCUCAGUUUUAGCUUUUGAAAAUCGCCAGGUAUCGAUGACACUGGUAAAUGUUUUAGUUGAUGGAGAAUUGUUACCACAGAUUUUUGUGAAGAUGUUACAGAGAGAUAAACCCAUUGAGAUGCAGCUCACAUCAGCAAAAUGUUUAACUUACAUGUGCAGAGCUGGAGCUAUCCGGACAGAUGACAACUGUAUUGUAUUAAAGACACUGCCUUGUUUGGUUCGAAUGUGCAGUAAGGAGAGGUUACUCGAAGAGAGAGUUGAAGGAGCAGAGACACUUGCCUAUCUGAUCGAACCAGACGUUGAACUGCAGAGAAUCGCCAGCAUCACUGACCACCUCAUUGCCAUGCUUGCCGAUUAUUUCAAGUACCCCAGCUCAGUGAGUGCCAUCACUGACAUUAAAAGGCUUGAUCAUGACUUAAAACAUGCUCAUGAACUACGCCAGGCUGCAUUCAAGCUCUAUGCCUCCCUCGGAGCAAAUGAUGAAGACAUCCGGAAGAAGAUCAUUGAGACUGAGAAUAUGAUGGACCGAAUUGUGACUGGCUUGUCUGAGUCUAGUGUCAAGGUGCGGUUAGCUGCCGUCAGAUGUUUGCACAGUUUAUCUAGAUCUGUGCAGCAGCUUCGAACCAGUUUCCAGGAUCAUGCUGUGUGGAAACCUUUGAUGAAGGUUUUACAAAAUGCACCAGAUGAAAUUUUAGUAGUAGCCUCGUCCAUGCUAUGCAAUCUCCUCCUUGAAUUUUCUCCAAGCAAAGAGCCCAUUUUAGAGUCUGGAGCAGUAGAGCUUCUUUGUGGAUUAACUCAAAGUGAAAAUCCUGCACUUCGAGUGAAUGGCAUUUGGGCUUUAAUGAAUAUGGCGUUUCAGGCUGAACAAAAGAUAAAGGCAGAUAUUUUACGAAGCUUAAGUACUGAACAGCUCUUUCGGUUAUUAUCGGAUUCUGAUUUGAAUGUGCUGAUGAAGACUCUGGGGCUGCUGCGAAAUCUCCUCUCUACUCGGCCUCAUAUAGAUAAAAUAAUGAGCACUCAUGGAAAGCAAAUUAUGCAAGCUGUUACCCUCAUUCUGGAAGGGGAGCAUAAUAUUGAGGUGAAAGAACAGACUCUGUGCAUCCUGGCCAACAUUGCAGAUGGGACAACGGCUAAGGACCUUAUCAUGACCAACGAUGACAUCCUGCAGAAAAUAAAGUACUACAUGGGCCAUUCACAUGUUAAACUCCAACUUGCCGCUAUGUUUUGUAUAUCAAACCUCAUAUGGAAUGAAGAGGAAGGUUCCCAAGAACGCCAGGACAAAUUACGGGACAUGGGCAUUGUGGAUAUUCUACACAAACUGAGUCAGUCACCAGAUUCAAACCUCUGUGACAAGGCCAAGACAGCGCUACAGCAAUACCUGGCGUGACGGGAGCAUCCCAUAUGCUGGGUUUAAGGAAGUACAGGAACUAGCCUCAUUUGAUUCCUUCUAUUUGCACAAGUCACCUUGGACUGCAGGGAGCUGUUUUGCAAAAGCAAUUUGGUAGGCUUAGAUCUUACCUUCAUCCUGAGGACAUUUUUUUGGAGGUAGUCAUUUUCUCAGAGGACUAUCGUGUUUUGUUGCAUUUUGUUUCUGAGCUACCCGGACUCUUUAUUAGAACAAUCAGUCAUUUUCCUUUGGACCUACGAUUUUUUGCCUAUGCUGCAGCCACUUUGUGAGACUGAAUCUGUCUGUGCACACAUGAUGGAGUGUGUGUGUGUGCAUGUAUGUAUGUGUGUGUGCACCCAUGGGUCAUGAAUGGGAAGUGUGUGUAUGUGUGAGGGAAUACCUCAAGUUUUUCUUUUCUUAUUUUGUGUAGAAAUCUCUUUUCUACAGAUUUUCCAGGGUUUAAGCAUUGCUUGCUGUAUAAAAACUAAAAACAAAACAAAAAAUACUUUAAUGAAUUAUAUACAGUUUGAAUGAAAUGUUAUUUUAAAAUUGAAACAAUUGUUAAGUGUUCCAUAAAAGUUAUGUUGAAUUUUGGUCAGAUGAAUAUUUGUAAGUAAAGAAUAUAUGCAUUUCUGAA